CUCUACCACUUCCACCACCUCCGCCACCAGCCAUCCCGCGGUGCCCCUGCAUGAUGAUUCGGCCCAUCACAGCGCCAUCAUCAUCCUGGCUGGUAACUCCCAACAAGAGACGAGUCGCGGAGAGGCGCCGCAGGGCAGCACAUGGGCGAGGCAGUGGGGGAGAGGGAGAGGCUGCAGCAGGCCAAGGACUCCUGCAGACACGCCUGUGGUACGGCCUACCAAGUGUCGGCAGAGCGCGAGGCCUGUGUCGUGGGCUGCCACCUUCAGGCUGCCACAGCAGCAGGCACCCCGCGUCCCAAGCCAAGGUCUCCGCUGGCUUUCUUCCAGCACGUAAUGGUGUCCCUGGCGGGGCACGUUGGCCGCUUAGUACGCAUCACGUCCUCGUGGACCUCCAGCACCUCCCAAACGCGUUACCAGGAGAGCCGCCAGCUGAGUCACCACUACCAGCCAGCGCACCACCAGCAAGAAAGCCACAAGCAGCAGGAGGGACACCACCACCAGCAGCCCCAUCAUCAAAGGGAGGGUCACCACUCAGCACAAGGCCGAGGCGACGAACAGCGGGAACGUGAGGCGACAGGCGAGAAGCAGCAGGUGGGGGGACCUCGCGUGUACUACUCCCAGCUCCUCGGCCACUACACCAUAGGAGCUGGGUCCGGAGUGCUGCUGCCUGACCCCCACGCCGGCCACCACGACUGCCGCCACCGCCACGUGACACAGCAAGGGCAACAGCAGCAGCAGCAGGACACGCCACAACACUCACAACACGACAAACAGCCUCAGGAGCAGCACCAGCCGUACCACCACCACGUCCACCACCAGCAGGACCAGCAGCAGCACCAGCAGCAACAACAACAACAGCAGCAGAAUCAGCAGACGGCACAAACUCAGCAGGGGCAACAGCAACUGGAUCUGCUGGAGUGCAUCUCGCGGAAAUCAGGACUGCCCCGCUGGUUCAUUGCUGUCACCAUCUUCACCUCUGCCCUGGUGAUCCUGUGGCUCUGCUUCACUCUCACAGCGCCGCCCGAGGAUAUCAAGGUGGUGAAAACAAAGCCGCCCGAGUUGGAGCUGGAAGAGGACCUUGAUGACUACUUGGAGGACGAUCUGACCUGCUCAGAGAAGAAACAGCUGCUGGCUCAGGCCGAUGACGUCAUCAAGAUUAAGAUUGAGAAUGUGUAAGAGAGAGAGAGAGAGAGAGAGAGAGAGAGAGAGAGAGAGAGAGAGAGAGAGAGAGAGAGAGAGAGAGAGAGAGAGAGAGAGAGAGAGAGAGAGAGAGAGAGAGAGAGAGAGAGA